AUGACCCCGCCUCAUUCUACCUCCUUCCAUCACCCCGCCCCAUGCUCCCGCUUUCCAUCACACCGCCCCAUUCUCCCGCUUUCGAUCACCGCGCCCCAUUCUCCUGCUUUCCAUCACCCCGCCCCAUUCUCCCGCUUUCCAUCACCCCGCCCCAUUCUCCCUCCUUCCAUCACCCCGCCCCAUUCUCCCGCUUUCCAUCACCCCGCCCUAUUCUCCCUCCUUCCAUCACCCCGCCCCAUUCUCCCGCUUUCCAUCACCCCGCCCCAUUCUCCCGCUUCCCAUAACCCCACCUCAUUCUCCCGCUUUCCAUCACCCCGCCACAUUCUCCCGCUUUCCAUCACCCCGCCCCAUUCUCCAUCCUUCCAUCACCCCGCCCCAUUCUCCCGCUUUCCAUCACCCCGCCCCAUUCUGCCGCUUUCCAUCACGCCGCCCCCUUCUCCAUCCUUCCAUCACCCCGCCCCAUUCUCCCUCCUUCCAUCAACCCGCCCCAUUCUCCCGCUUUCCAUCAGCCCGCCCCUUUCUCCCGCUUUCCAUCUCCCUGCCCCAUUCUCCCGCUUUCCAUCAACCCGCCCCAUUCUCCCGCUUUCCAUCACCCCGCCCCAUUCUCCCGCUUCCCAUCAUCCCGCCCCAUUCCCCCGCUUUCCAUCACCCCUCCCCAUUCUCCCUCCUUCUAUCACCCCGCCCCAUUCUCCAGCUUUCCAUUACCCGCCCCAUUCUCCCGCUUUCCAUCACCUCGCCCCAUCUCCCGCUUUCCAUCACCCCGCCCUAUUCUUUCGCUUUCCAUCACCCCGCCCCAUUCUCCUGCAUUCCAUCACCCCGCCCCAUUCACCCGCUUUCCAUCACCCGCCCCAUUCUCCUGCUUUCCAUCACCCCGCUCCAUUCUCCCGCUUUCCAUCACUCCGCCCCAUUCUCCCGCUUUCCAUCACCCCGCCCCAUUCUCCCUCCUUCCAUCACUCCGCCUCAUUCUCCCUCCUUCCAUCACCCCCCCCCAUUCUCCCGCUUUCCAUCACCCCGCCCCAUUCUCCCGCUUUCCAUCACCCAGCCCCAUUCUCCCACUUUCCAUCACCCUGCCUUAUUUUCCCGCUUUCUAUCACCCCGCCCCAUUCUCACGCUUUCCAUCACCAUGCCCCAAUCUCCCGCUUUCCAUCACCCCGCCCCAUUCUCCCUCCUUCCAUCACCCCGCCCCAUUCUCCCGCUUUCCAUCACCCCGCCCCAUUCUCCCGCUUUCCAUAUCCCCGCCUCAUUCUCCCUCCUUCCAUCACCCGCCCCAUUCUCCCUCCUUCCAUCACCCCGCCCCAUUCUCCCUCCUUCCAUCACCCUGCCCCAUUCUCCCGCUUUCCAUCAGCCCACCCCAUUCUCCCGCUUUCCAUCACCCCGCCCCAUUCUCCCGCUUUCCAUCACCCCGCCCCAUUCUCCCGCUUUCCAUCACUUAGCCCCAUUCUCCCGCUUUCCAUCACCCCACCCCAUUUUUCCUCUUUCCAUCACCCCGCCCCAUUCUCCCGCUUUCCAUCACCCUGCCCCAAUCUCCCGCUUUCCAUCACCCCGCCCCAUUCUCCCUCCUUCCAUCACCCCGCUCCAUUCUCCCGCUUUCCAUCACCCCGCCCCAUUCUCCCGCUUUCCAUCACCCAGCCCCAUUCUCCCGCUUUCCAUCACCCCGCCCCAUUCUCCCGCUUUCCAUCACCCCACCCCAUUCUCCCGCUUUCCAUCACCCCGCCCCAUUCUCCCUCCUUCCAUCACCCCGCCCCAUUCUCCCGCUUUCCAUCACCCCGCCCAACUCUCCCGCUUCCCAUAACCCCACCCCAUUCUCCCGCUUUCCAUCACCCCACCACAUUUUCCCGUUUUCUAUCACCCCGCCCCAUUCUCCCGCCUUCCAUCACCCCGCCCCAUUCUCCCGCUUUCCAUCACCCUGCCCCAUUCUCCCGAUUUCCGUCACCCCGCCCCAUUCUCCCGCUUUCCAUCACCCCGCCCCAUUCUCCCGCUUUCCAUCACCCCGCCCCAUUCUCCCGCUUUCCAUCACCCCGACCCAUUCUCCCGCUUUCCAUCACCCCGCCCCAUUCUCCUGCUUUCCAUCACCCCGCCCUCCCGCCCCAUUCUCCCGCUUUCCAUCACCCCUCCCCUUUCUCCCGCUUUCCAUCUCCCCGCCCCAUUCUCCCGCUUUCCAUCACCCCGCCCCAUUCUCCCGCUUUCCAUCACCCCGCCCCAUUCUUCCGCUUCCCAUCAUCCCGCCCCAUUCCCCCGCUUUCCAUCACCCCUCCCCUUUCUUCCUCCUUCCGUCACCCCGCCCCAUUCUCUCGCUUUCCAUCACCCCGCCCCAUUCUCCCGCUUUCCAUCACCCCGCCCCAUUCUCCCUCAUUCCAUCACCCCGCUCCAUUCUCCCGCUUUCCAUCACCCCGCCCUAUUCUCCCGCUUCCCAUAACCCCACCCCAUUCUCCCGCUUUCCAUCACCCCGCCACAUUUUCCCACUUUCCAUCACCCCGCCCCCUUCUUUCUUCUUCCAUCACCCCGCCCCAUUCUCCCUCCUUCCAUCACCCCGCCCCAUUCUCCCGCUUUCCAUCAGCCCGCCCCAUUCUCCCGCUGUCCAUCACCCCGCCCCUUUCUCCCACUUUCCAUCACCCCGCCCCAUUCUCCCGCUUUGCAUCACCCUGCCCCAUUCUCCCGCUUUCCAUCACCCCGCCCCAUUCUCCCGCUUUCCAUCACUCCGCCCCAUUCUCCCGCUUUCCAUCACCCCGACCCAUUCUCCCACUUUCCAUCACCCCGCCCCAUUCUCCCUUCGUCCAUCACCCCGCCUCAUUCUCCCUCCUUCCAUCACCCCGCCCCAUUCUCCCGCUUUCCAUCACCCCGCCCCAUUCUCCCGCUUUCCAUCACUUAGCCCCAUUCUCCCGCUUUCCAUCACCCCGCCCCAUUUUUCCUCUUUCCAUCACCCCGCCCCAUUCUCCCGCUUUCCAUCACCCUGCCCCAAUCUCCCGCUUUCCAUCACCCCGCCCCAUUCUCCCUCCUUCCAUCACCCCGCCCCAUUCUCCCGCUUUCCAUCACCCCGCCCCAUUCUCCCUCCUUCCAUCACCCCGCCCCAUUCUCCCGCUUUCCAUCACCCCGCCCCAUUCUCCUGAUUUCCGUCACCCCGCCCCAUUCUCCCGCUUUCCAUCACCCCGCCCCAUUCUCCCGCUUUCCAUCACCCCGCCCCAUUCUCCCGCAUUCCAUCAUCCCGCCCCAUUCUCCCUCCUUCCAUCAACCCGCCCCAUUCUCCCGCUUUCCAUCACUCCGCCCCAUUCUCCCUCCUUCCAUCACCCCGCCCCAUUCUCCCUCCUUCCAUCACGCCGCCCCAUUCUCCCGCUUUCCAUCACCCCGCCCCAUUCUCCCGCUUCCCAUAACCCCACCCCAUUCUCCCGCUUUCCAUCACCCCGCCAAAUUCUCCCACUUUCCAUCACCCCGCCCCCUUCUCUCUCCUUCCAUCACCCCGCCCCAUUCUCCCUCCUUCCAUCACCCCGCCCCAUUCUCCCGCUUUUCAUCAGCCCGCCCCAUUCUCCCGCUCUCCAUCACCCCUCCCCUUUCUCCCGCUUUCCAUCUCCCCGCCCCAUUCUCCCGCUUUCCAUCACCCCGCCCCAUUCUCCUGCUUUCCAUCACCCCGCCCCAUUCUUCCGCUUCCCAUCAUCCCGCCCCAUUCCCCCGCUUUCCAUCACCCCUCCCCAUUCUCCCUCCUUCCAUCACCCCGCCCCAUUCUCUCGCUUUCCAUCACCCCGCCCCGUUCUCCCGCUUUCCAUCACCCCGCCCCAUUCUCCCGCUUUCCAUCACCCCGCCCCAUUCUCCCUUCUUCCAUCACCCCGCCCCAUUCUCCCGCUUUCUAUCACCCAGCCCCAUUCUCCCUCAUUCCAUCACCCUUCCCCAUUCUCCCUCAUUCCAUCACCCCGCUCCAUUCUCCCGCUUUCCAUCACCCCGCCUCAUUCUACCGCUUCCCAUAACCCCACCCCAUUCUCCCGCUUUCCAUCACCCCGCCACAUUUUCCCACUUUCCAUCAUCCCGCCCCCUUCUCUCUCCUUCCAUCACCCUGCCCCAUUCUCCCUCCUUCCAUCACCCCGCCCCAUUCUUCCGCUUUCCAUCACCCGCCCCAUUCUCCCGCUUACCAUCACCUCGCCCCAUUCUCCCGCUUUCCAUCACCCCACCCCAUUCUUUUGCUUUCCAUCACCCCGCCCCAUUCUCCCGCUUUCCAUCACCCUGCCCCAUUCACCAGCUUUCCAUCACCCGCCCCAUUCUCCCGCUUUCCAUCACCCCGCCCCAUUCUCCCGCUUUCCAUCACCCCGCUCCAUUCUCCCGCUUUCCAUCACCCCGCCCAAUUCUCCCGCUUUCCAUCACUCCGCCCCAUUCUCCCGCUUUCCAUCACCCCGACCCAUUCUCCCACUUUCCAUCACCCCGCCCCAUUCUCCCUCCUUCCAUCACCCUGCCUCAUUCUCCCUCCUUCCAUCACCCCGCCCCAUUCUCCCGCUUUCCAUCACCCUGCCCCAUUCUCACGUUUUCCAUCACCCCGCCCCAUUUUCCCGCUUUCCAUCACCCCGCCCCAUUCUCCCGCUUUCCAUCACCCUGCCCCAAUCUCCUGCUUUCCAUCACCCCGCCCCAUUCUCCCUCCUUCCAUCACCCCGCCCCAUUCUCCCGCUUUCCAUCACCCCGCCCCAUUCUCCCGCUUUCCAUAACCCCGCCCCAUUCUCCCUCCUUUCAUCACCCGCCCCAUUCUCCCUCCUUCCAUCACUCUGCCCCAUUCUCCCUCCUUCCAUCACCCCGCCCCAUUCUCCCACUUUCCAUCGGCCCGCCCCAUUCUCCCGCUUUCCAUCACCCCGCCCCAUUCUCCCGCUUUCCAUCACCCCGCCCCAUUCUCCCGCUUUCCAUCACCCUGCCCCAUUCUCCCGCUUUCCAUCAGCCCACCCCAUUCUCCCGCUUUCCAUCACCCCGCCCCAUUCUCCCGCUUUCCAUCACCCUGCCCCAUUCUCCCUCCUUCCAUCACCCCGCCUCAUUCUACCUCCUUCCAUCACCCCGCCCCAUUCUCCUGCUUUCCAUCACCUCGCCCCAUUCUCCCGCUUUCCAUCACCCCGCCCAAUUCUUCUCCUUUCCAUCACCCCGCCCCAUUCACCCGCUUUCCAUCACCCCACCCCAUUCUCCCGCUUUCCAUCACCCCGCCCCAUUCUCCCGCUUUCCAUCACCCCGCCCCAUUCUCCCGCUUUCCAUCACCCCGCCCCAUCCUCCCGCUUUUCAUCACCCCGCCCCAUUCUCCCGCUUUCCAACACCCCGCCCCGUUCUCCUGCUUUCCAUCACCCCGCCCCAUUCUCCCGCUUUCCAUCACCUCGCCCCAUUCUCCCGCUUUCCAUCACUCCGUCCCAUUCUCCCGCUUUCCAUCACCCCGCCCCAUUCUCCCGUUUUCCAUCAACCCGCCCCAUUCUCCCUCCUUCCAUCACCCCGCCUUAUUCUCCCUCCUUCCAUCACCCCGCCCCAUUCUCCCGCUUUCCAUCACCCCGCCCCAUUCUCCCGCUUUCCAUCACCCCGCCCCAUUCUCCGGCUUUCCAUCACCCCGCCCCAUUCUCCCGCUUUCCAUCACCCCCCCACCCCAUUCACCCGCUUUCCAUCACACCGCCCCAUUCUCCCGCUUUCCAUCACCCCGCCCCAUUCUCCCGCUUUCCAUCACCCCGCCCCAUUCUCCCAUCACCUCGCCCCAUUCUCCCGCUUUCCAUCACCACGCCCCAUUCUCCCGCUUUCCAUCACCCCGCCCCAUUCUCCCGCUUUCCAUCACUCCGCCCCAUUCUCCCGCUUUCCAUCACCCUGCCCCAUUCUCCUGCUUUCCAUCACCCCGCCCCAUUCUUCUCCUUCCAUCACCCCGCCCCAUUCUCCCGCUUUCCAUCACCCCGCCCCAUUCUCCCGCUUUCCAUAACCCCGCCCCAUUCUCCCUCCUUUCAUCACCCGCCCCAUUCUCCCUCCUUCCAUCACUCUGCCCCAUUCUCCCUCCUUCCAUCACCCCGCCCCAUUCUCCCACUUUCCAUCGGCCCGCCCCAUUCUCCCGCUUUCCAUCACCCCGCCCCAUUCUCCCGCUUUCCAUCACCCCGCCCCAUUCUCCCGCUUUCCAUCACCCUGCCCCAUUCUCCCGCUUUCCAUCAGCCCACCCCAUUCUCCCGCUUUCCAUCACCCCGCCCCAUUCUCCCGCUUUCCAUCACCCUGCCCAUUCUCCCUCCUUCCAUCACCCCGCCUCAUUCUACCUCCUUCCAUCACCCCGCCCCAUUCUCCUGCUUCCCAUCACCUCGCCCCAUUCUCCCGCUUUCCAUCACCCCGCCCAAUUCUUCUCCUUUCCAUCACCCCGCCCCAUUCACCCGCUUUCCAUCACCCCACCCCAUUCUCCCGCUUUCCAUCACCCCGCCCCAUUCUCCCGCUUUCCAUCACCCCGCCCCAUUCUCCCGCUUUCCAUCACCCCGCCCCAUCCUCCCGCUUUUCAUCACCCCGCCCCAUUCUCCCGCUUUCCAACACCCCGCCCCGUUCUCCUGCUUUCCAUCACCCCGCCCCAUUCUCCCGCUUUCCAUCACCUCGCCCCAUUCUCCCGCUUUCCAUCACUCUGUCCCAUUCUCCCGCUUUCCAUCACCCCGCCCCAUUCUCCCGUUUUCCAUCAACCCGCCCCAUUCUCCCUCCUUCCAUCACCCCGCCUUAUUCUCCCUCCUUCCAUCACCCCGCCCCAUUCUCCCGCUUUCCAUCACCCCGCCCCAUUCUCCCGCUUUCCAUCACCCCGCCCCAUUCUCCGGCUUUCCAUCACCCCGCCCCAUUCUCCCGCUUUCCAUCACCCCGUCCCAUUCUCCCGCUUUCCAUCACCCCGCCCCAUUCUCCCGCUUUCCAUCACCACGCCCCAUUCUCCCUCCUUCCAUCACCCCGCCCCAUUCUCCCGCUUUCCAUCACCCCGCCCCAUUCUCCCUCCUUCCAUCACCCCGCCUCAUUCUACCUCCUUCCAUCACCCCGCCCCAUGCUCCCGCUUUUCAUCACCCCGCCCCAUUCUCCCACUUUCCAUCACCCCGCCCUAUUCUCCCGCUUUCCAUCACCCCGCCCCAUUCUCCCUCCUUACAUCACCCGGCCCCAUUCUCCCGCUUUCCAUCAGCCCACCCCAUUCACCCGCUUUCCAUCACACCGCCCCAUUCUCCCGCUUUCCAUCACCCCGCCCCAUUCUCCCGCUUUCCAUCACCCCGCCCCAUUCUCCCAUCACCUCGCCCCAUUCUCCCGCUUUCCAUCACCACGCCCCAUUCUCCCGCUUUCCAUCACCCCGCCCCAUUCUCCCGCUUUCCAUCACUCCGCCCCAUUCUCCCGCUUUCCAUCACCCUGCCCCAUUCUCCUGCUUUCCAUCACCCCGCCCCAUUCUUCUCCUUCCAUCACCCCGCCUCAUUCUACCUCCUUCCAUCACCCCGCCCCAUUCUCCCGCUUUCCAUCACCCCGCUCCAUUCUCCCGCUUUCCAUCACCCCGCCCCAUUCUCCCGCUUUCCAUCACCACGCCCCAUUCUCCCGCUUUCCAUCACCCCGCCCCAUUCUCCCUCCUUCCAUCACCCUGCCCCAUUCUACCGCUUUCCAUCACCCCGCCUCAUUCUCCCGCUUUCAAUCACCCCGCUCUAUUCUCCCGCUUUCCAUCAGCCCACCCCAUUCUCCCGCUUUCCAUCACCCCGCCCCAUUCUCCCUCCCUCCAUCACCGCGCCCCAUUCUCCCUCCUUCCAUGACCCUGCCCCAUUCUCCCUCUUUCCAUCACCCUGCCCCAUUCUCCCGCUUUCUAUCACCCCGCCCCAUUCUCCCUCUUUCCAUCACCCUGCCCCAUUCUCCCGCUUUCCAUCAUCCCGCUCCAUUCUCCCCCUUUCCAUCACCCCGCCCAAUUCUCCCUCUUUCCAUCACCCCUCCCCAUUCUCCCUCUUUCCAUCACCCCGCCCCAUUCUCCCGCUUUCCAUCACCCCGCCCCAUUCUCCCUCUUUCCAUCACCCCGCCCCAUUCUCCCGCUUUCCAUCACCCCGCCCCAUUCUCCCUCCCUCCAUCACCGCGCCCCAUUCUCCCUCCUUCCAUCACCCUGCCCCAUUCUCCCUCUUUCCAUCACCCUGCCCCAUUCUCCCGCUUUCUAUCACCCCGCCCCAUUCUCCCUCUUUCCAUCACCCUGCCCCAUUCUCCCGCUUUCCAUCAUCCUGCUCCAUUCUCCCCCUUUCCAUCACCCCGCCCAAUUCUCCCUCUUUCCAUCACCCCUCCCCAUUCUCCCUCUUUCCAUCACCCCGCCCCAUUCUCCCGCUUUCCAUCACCCCGCCCCAUUCUCCCUCUUUCCAUCACCCCGCCCCAUUCUCCCGCUUUCCAUCACCCCGCCCCAUUCUCCCUCUUUCCACCAUCCCGCCCCUUUCUCCCUGUUUCCAUCACCCCGCCCCAUUCUCCCGUUUUCCAUCACCCCACCCCAUUCUCCCUCUUUCCAUCACCCCGCCCCAUUCUCCCUCUUUCCAUCACCCCGCCCCAUUCUCACUCUUUCCAUCACCCCGCCCCAUUCUCCCUCUUUCCAUCACCCCGCCCCAUUCUCCCUCUUUCCAUCACUCCGCCCCAUUCUCCCGCUUUCCAUUUCCGCGCCCUACUCUCCAUCUUUCCAUCAUCCCGCCCCAUUCUCCCUCCUUCCAUCACCCAGCCCCAUUCUCCCUCUUUGGAUCACCCCGCCCCAUUGUCCCGCUUUCUAUCACCCCGCCCCAUUCUCCCGCUUUCCAUCAUCCCGCCCCAUUCUCCCUCUUUCCAUCACCCCGCCCCAUUCUCCCGCUUUCCAUCACCCCGCCCCAUUUUCCCUUUUCCAUCACUCCGACCCAUUCUCCCGCUUUCCAUCACCCUGCCCCAUUCUCCCUCUUUCUAUCACCCCUCCCCAUUCUCCCGCUUUCCAUCACCCCGCCCAAUUCUCCCUCUUUCUAUAACCCCUCCCCAUUCUCCCUUUUUCCAUCACCCCGCCGCAUUCUCCCGCUUUCCAUCACCCCCCCCCCCCCCAUUCUCCCUCUUUCCAUCACCCCGCCCCAUUCUCCCGCUUUCCAUGACCCCGCCCCAUUCUCCCGCUUUCCAUCACCCCGCCCCACUCUCCCGCUUUCCAUCACCCCUCCCCAUUUUCCCUUUUUCCAUCACCCCGCCCCAUUCUCCCGCUUUCCAUCACCCCGCCCUAUUCUCCCUCUUUCUAUCACCCCUCCCCAUUCUCCCGCUUUCCAUCACCCCGCCCAAUUAUCCCUCUUUCUAUCACCCCGCCCCAUUCUCCCUCUUUCUAUCACCCCUCCCCAUUCUCCCGCUUUCCAUCACCCCGCCCCAUUCUCCCGCUUUCCAUCACCCGCUCUAUUCUCCCGCUUUCCAUCACCCCGCCCAAUUCUCCCUCUUUCCAUCACCCCUCCCCAUUCUACCUCUUUCCAUCACCCCGCCCCCCACUCUCCCUCUUUCCAUCACCCCGCCCCAUUCUCCCGCUUUCCAUCACCCAACCCCAAUCUCCCUCUUUCCAUCACCCCGCCCCAUUCUCCCGCUUUCCAUAACCCCGCCCCAUUUUCCCUCUUUCCAUCACCCCGCCCCAUUCUCCUGCGUUCUAUCACCCCGCUCCAUUCUCCCGCUUUCAUUCACCCAGCCCAAUUCUCCCUCUUUCCAUCAACCCCCCCCAUUCGCCCGCUUUCCAUCACCCCGCCCCAUUCUCCCGCUUUCCAUCACCCCGCCCCAUUCUCCCUCUUUCCAUCACCCCGCCCCAUUCUCCCUCUUUCCAUCACCCCGCCCCACUCUCCCGCUUUCCAUCACCCCGCCCCAUUCUCCCUCUUUCCAUCACCCCGCCCCAUUCUCCCGCUUUCUAUGACCCCGCCCCAUUCUCCCUCUUUCCAUCACCCCGCCCCAUUCUCCCUCUUUCCAUCACCCCGCCCCAUUCUCCCUCUUUCCAUCACCCCGCCCCAUUCUCCCUCUUUCCAUCACCCCGCCCCAUUCUCCCGCUUUCCAUUACCGCGCCCCACUCUCUAUCUUUCCAUCACCCCGCCCCAUUCUCCCGCCUUCCAUCACCCAGCCCCAUUCUCCCUCUUUACAUCACCCCGCCCCAUUCUCCCGCUUUCUAUCACCCAGCCCCAUUCUCCCGCUUUCCAUCACCCCGCCCCAUUCUCCCUCUUUCCAUCACCCCGCCCCAUUCUCCCGCUUUCCAUCACCCCGCCCCAUUUUCUCUCUUUCCAUCACCCCGCCCCAUUCUCCCGCUUUCCAUCACCCCGUCCCAUUCUCCCUCUUUCUAUCACCCCUCCCCAUUCUCCCGCUUUCCAUCACCCCGCCCAAUUCUCCCUCUUUCUAUCACCCCUCCCCAUUCUCCCCUUUUCCAUCCCCCCGCCCCAUUCUCCCGCUUUCCAUCACCCCGCCCCAUUCUCCCUCUUUCCAUCAGCCCGCCCAAUUCUCCCGCUUUCCAUUACCCCGCCCCAUUCUCUCGCUUUCCAUCACCCCGCCCCAUUCUCCCGCUUUCCAUCACCCCGCCCCAUUUUCCCUCUUUCCAUCACCCCGCCCCAUUCUCCCGCUUUCUAUCACCCCGCCCCAUUCUCCCUCUUUCUAUCACCCCUCCCCAUUCUCCCGCUUUCCAUCACCCCGCCCAAUUAUCCCUCUUUCUAUCACCCCUCCCCAUUCUCCCUCUUUCUAUCACCCCGCCCCAUUCUCCCGCUUUCCAUCACCUCGCUCCAUUUUCCCUCUUUCCAUCACCCCGCCCCAUUCUCCCUCUUUCCAUCACCCCGCCACAUUCUCCCGCUUUCCAUCACCCCUCCCCAUUCUCCCUCUUUCCGUCACCCCGCCCCAUUCUCCCACUUUCCGUCACCCCGCCCCAUUCUCCCGCUUUCCAUCACCCCGCUCCAUUCUCCCUCUUUCCAUCACCCCAACCCCAUUCUCCCGCUUUCCAUCACCCCGCCCCAUUCUCCCUCUUUCCAUCACCCCGCCCCAUUCUCCCGCUUUCCAUCACCCCGCCUCAUUCUCCCGCUUUCAAUCACCCCGCUCUAUUCUCCCGCUUUCCAUCACCCCGCCCAAUUCUCCCUCUUUCCAUCACCCCUCCCCAUUCUACCUCUUUCCGUCACCCCGCCCCCCAUUCUCCCUCUUUCCAUCACCCCGCCCCAUUCUCCCGCUUUCCAUCACCCCGCCCCAUUCUCCCUCUUUCCAUCACCCCGCCCCCUUUUCCCUCUUUCCAUCACCCCGCCCCAUUCUCCCGCUCUCCAUCCCCCGCCCCAUUCUCCCUCUUUCUAUCACUCCGCCCCAUUCUCCCGCUUUCCAUCACCCCGCCCCAUUUUCCCUCUUUCCAUCACCCCGCCCCAUUCUCCCUCUUUCCAUCACCCCGCCACAUUUUCCCGCUUUCCAUCACCCCUCCCCAUUCUCCCUCUUUCCAUCACCCUGCCCCAUUCUCCCACUUUCCGUCAUCCCGCCCCAUUCUCCCGCUUUCCAUCACCCCGCCCCAUUCUCCCUCUUUCCAUCAGCCCGCCCAAUUCUCCCGCUUUCCAUUACCCCGCCCCAUUCUCUCGCUUUCCAUCACCCCGCCCCAUUCUCCCGCUUUCCAUCACCCCGACCCAUUUUCCCUCUUUCCAUCACCCCGCCCCAUUCUCCCUCUUUCCAUCACCCCGCCACAUUUUCCCGCUUUCCAUCACCCCUCCCCAUUCUCCCUCUUUCCAUCACCCUGCCCCAUUCUCCCACUUUCCGUCAUCCCGCCCCAUUCUCCCGCUUUCCAUCACCCCGCCCCAUUCUCCCUCUUUCCAUCAGCCCGCCCAAUUCUCCCGCUUUCCAUUACCCCGCCCCAUUCUCUCGCUUUCCAUCACCCCGCCCCAUUCUCCCGCUUUCCAUCACCCCGCCCCAUUUUCCCUCUUUCCAUCACCCCGCCCCAUUCUCCCGCUUUCCAUCACCCCGCCCCAUUCUCCCUCUUUCUAUCACCCCUCCCCAUUCUCCCGCUUUCCAUCACCCCGCCCAAUUCUCCCUCUUUCUAUCACCCCUCCCCAUUCUCCCUCUUUCUAUCACCCCGCCCCAUUCUCCCGCUUUCCAUCACUCCGCUCCAUUUUCCCUCUUUCCAUCACCCCGCCCCAUUCUCCCUCUUUCCAUCACCCCGCCACAUUCUCCCGCUUUCCAUCACCCCUCCCAAUUCUCCCUCUUUCCGUCACCCCGCCCCAUUCUCCCACUUUUCGUCACCCCGCCCCAUUCUCCCGCUUUCCAUCACCCCGCUCCAUUCUCCCUCUUUCCAUCACCCCAACCCCAUUCUCCCGCUUUCCAUCACCCCGCCCCAUUCUCCCUCUUUCCAUCACCCCGCCCCAUUCUCCCGCUUUCCAUCACCCCUCCCCAUUCUCCCGCUUUCCAUCACCCCGCCCAAUUCUCCCUCUUUCUAUCACCCCUCCCUAUUCUCCCCUUUUCCAUCCCCCCGCCCUAUUCACCCACUUUCCAUCACCCCGCCCCAUUCUCCCGCUUUCCAUCACCCCGCUCUAUUCUCCCGCUUUCCAUCACCCCGCCCAAUUCUCCCUCUUUCCAUCACCCCUCCCCAUUCUACCUCUUUCCAUCACCCCGCCCCCCAUUCUUCCUCUUUCCAUCACCCCGCCCCAUUCUCCCGCUUUCCAUCACCCCGCCCCAUUCUCCCUCUUUCCAUCACCCCGCCCUAUUUUCCCUCUUUCCAUCACCCCGCCCCAUUCUCCCGCUUUCCAUCACCCCGCCCCAUUCCCCCUCUUUCUAUCACCCCUCCCGCUUCUCCCGCUUUCCAUCACCCCGCCCAAUUCUCCCUCUUUCCAUCACCCCUCCCCGUUCUCCCUCUUUCCAUCACCCCGCCCCAUUCUCCCGCUUUCCAUUACCCCGCUCCUUUCUCCCACUUUCCAUCACCCCGCCCAAUUCUCCCUCUUUCCAUCACCCCUCCCCGUUCUCCCUCUUUCCAUCACCCCGCCCAAUUCUCCCUCUUUCCAUCACCCCGCCCCAUUCUUCCUCUUUCCAUCACCCCACCCCAUUCUCUCUCUUUCCAUCACCCCACCCCAUUCUCCCGCUUUCCAUCACGCCGCCCCAUUUUCCCUCUUUCCAUCACCCCGCCCCAUUCUCCCGCUUUCCAUCACCCUGCCCCAUUUUCCCUCUUUCCAUCACCCCGCCCCAUUCUCCCGCUUUCCAUCACCCCGCCCCAUUCUCCCUCUUUCUAUCACCCCUCCCCCUUCUCCCGCUUUCCAUCACCCCGCCCAAUUCUCCCUCUUUCUAUCACCCCUCCCCAUUCUUCCUCUUUCUAUCACCCCGCCCCAUUCUCCCGCUUUCCAUCACCCCGCCCCAUUUUCCCUCUUUCCAUCACCCCGCCCCAUUCUCCCUCUUUCCAUCACCCCGCCACAUUCUCCCGCUUUCCAUCACACCUACCCAUUCUCCCUCUUUCCAUCACCCCGCCCCAUUCUCCCACUUUCCGUCACCCCGCCCCAUUCUCCCGCUUUCCAUCACCCCGCUCCAUUCUCCCUCUUUCCGUCACCCCGCCCCAUUCUCCCGCUUUCCAUCACCUCGCCCCAUACUCCCUCUUUCCAUCACCCGGCCCCAUUCUCCCGCUCUCCAUCACCCCGCUCCUUUCUCCCGCUUUCCAUCACCCCGCCCAAUUCUCCCUCUUUCCAUCACCCCUCCCCGUUCUCCCUCUUUCCAUCACCCCGCCCGAUUCUCCCUCUUUCCAUCACCCCGCCCCAUUCUUCCUCUUUCCAUCACCCUGCCCCAUUCUCUCUCUUUCCAUCACCCCGCCCCAUUCUCCCGCUUUCCAUCACGCCGCCCCAUUUUCCCUCUUUCCAUCACCCCGCCCCAUUCUCCCGCUUUCCAGCACCCCGCCCCAUUCUCCCUCUUUCUAUCACCCCUCCCCAUUCUCCCGCUUUCCAUCACCCCGCCCCAUUUUCCCUCUUUCCAUCACCCCGCCCCAUUCUCCCUCUUUCCAUCACCCCGCCACAUUCUCCCGCUUUCCAUCACCCCUACCCAUUCUCCCUCUUUCCAUCACCCCGCCCCAUUCUCCCCCUUUCCGUCACCCCGCCCCAUUCUCCCGCUUUCCAUCACCCCGCCCCAUUUUCCCGCUUUCCAUCACCCCGCCCCAUUCUCCCUCUUUCUAUCACCCCUCCCCCUUCUCCCGCUUUCCAUCACCCCGCCCAAUUCUCCCUCUUUCUAUCACCCCUCCCCAUUCUCCCUCUUUCCAUCACCCCGCCCCAUUCUCCCGCUUUCCAUCACCUCGCCCCAUUUUCCCUCUUUCCAUCAUCCCGCCCCAUUCUCCCUCUUUCCAUCACCCCGCCACAUUCUCCCGCUUUCCAUCACACCUACCCAUUCUCCCUCUUUCCAUCACCCCGCCCCAUUCUCCCACUUUCCGUCACCCCGCCCCAUUCUCCCGCUUUCCAUCACCCCGCUCCAUUCUCCCUCUUUCCGUCACCCCGCCCCAUUCUCCCGCUUUCCAUCACCUCGCCCCAUACUCCCUCUUUCCAUCACCCUGCCCCAUUCUCCCGCUCUCCAUCACCCCGCUCCUUUCUCCCGCUUUCCAUCACCCCGCCCAAUUCUCCCUCUUUCCAUCACCCCUCCCCGUUCUCCCUCUUUCCAUCACCCCGCCCAAUUCUCCCUCUUUCCAUCACCCCGCCCCAUUCUUCCUCUUUCCAUCACCCCGCCCCAUUCUCUCUCUUUCCAUCACCCCGCCCCAUUCUCCCGCUUUCCAUCACGCCGCCCCAUUUUCCCUCUUUCCAUCACCCCGCCCCAUUCUCCCGCUUUCCAUCACCCCGCCCCAUUCUCCCUCUUUCUAUCACCCCUCCCCAUUCUCCCGCUUUCCAUCACCCCGCCCCAUUUUCCCUCUUUCCAUCACCCCGCCCCAUUCUCCCUCUUUCCAUCACCCCGCCACAUUCUCCCGCUUUCCAUCACCCCUACCCAUUCUCCCUCUUUCCAUCACCCCGCCCCAUUCUCCGACUUUCCGUCACCCCGCCCCAUUCUCCCGCUUUCCAUCACCCCGCUCCAUUCUCCCUCUUUCCGUCACCCCGCCCCAUUCUCCCGCUUUCCAUCACCUCGCCCCAUACUCCCUCUUUCCAUCACCCUGCCCCAUUCUCCCGCUUUCCAUCACCCCUCUCCUUUCUCCCACUUUCCAUCACCCCGCCCAAUUCUCCCUCUUUCCAUCACCCCUCCCCGUUCUCCCUCUUUCCAUCACCCCGCCCAAUUCUCCCUCUUUCCAUCACCCCGCCCCAUUCUUCCUCUUUCCAUCACCCCGCCCCAUUCUCUCUCUUUCCAUCACCCCGCCCCAUUCUCCCGCUUUCCAUCACGCCGCCCCAUUUUCCCUCUUUCCAUCACCCCGCCCCAUUCUCCCGCUUUCCAUCACCCCGCCCCAUUCUCCCUCUUUCUAUCACCCCUCCCCAUUCUCCCGCUUUCCAUAACCCGCCCCAUUUUCCCUCUUUCCAUCACCCCGCCCCAUUCUCCCGCUUUCCAUCACCCCGCCCCAUUCUCCCUUUUUCCAUCACCCCGCCCCAUUUUCCCUCUUUCCAUCACCCCGCCCCAUUCUCCCGCUUUCCAUCACCCCGCCCCAUUCUCCCUCUUUCUAUCACCCCUCCCCCUUCUCCCGCUUUCCAUCACCCCGCCCAAUUCGCCCUCUUUCUAUCACCCCUCCCCAUUCUCCCUCUUUCUAUCACCCCGCCCCAUUCUCCCGCUUUCCAUCACGCCGCCCCAUUUUCCCUCUUUCCAUCACCCCGCCCCAUUCUCCCGCUUUCCAUCACCCCGCCCCAUUCUCCCUCUUUCUAUCACCCCUCCCCAUUCUCCCGCUUUCCAUCAUCCCGCCCCAUUUUCCCUCUUUCCAUCACCCCGCCCCAUUCUCCCUCUUUCCAUCACCCCGCCACAUUCUCCCACUUUCCAUCACCCCUCCCCAUUCCCCCUCUUUCCAUCACCCCGCCCCAUUCUACCACUUUCUAUCACCCCGCCCCAUUCUCCCGCUUUCCAUCACCCCGCUCCAUUCUCCCUCUUUCCAUCACCCCGCCCCAUUCUCCCUCUUUCCAUCACCCCGCCCCAUUCUCCCUCUUUCCAUCACCCCGCCCCAUUCUCCCUCUUUCCAUCACCCCGCCCCAUUCUCCCGCUUUCCAUUACCGCGCCCCACUCUCUAUCUUUCCAUCACCCCGCCCCAUUCUCCCGCUUUCCAUCACCUCGCCCCAUACUUCCUCUUUCCAUCACCCCGCCCCAUUCUCCCGCUUUCCAUCACCCCGCUCCUUUCUCCCGCUUUCCAUCACCCCGCCCAAUUCUCCCUCUUUCCAUCACCCCUCCCCGUUCUCCCUCUUUCCAUCACCCCGCCCAAUUCUCCCUCUUUCCAUCACCCCGCCCCAUUCUCCCGCUUUCCAUCACCCCGCCCCAUUCUCCCUCUUUCUAUCACCCCUCCCCAUUCUCCCGCUUUCCAUCACCCCGCCCCAUUUUCCCUCUUUCCAUCACCCCGCCCCGUUCUCCCGCUUUCCAUCACCCCGCCCCAUUCUCCCUCUUUCCAUCACCCCGCCCCAUUUUCCCUCUUUCCAUCACCCCGCCCCAUUCUCCCGCUUUCCAUCACCCCGCCCCAUUCUCCCUCUUUCUAUCACCCCUCCCCCUUCUCCCGCUUUCCAUCACCCCGCCCAAUUCUACCUCUUUCUAUCACCCCUCCCCAUUCUCCCUCUUUCUAUCACCCCGCCCCAUUCUCCCGCUUUCCAUCACCCCGCCCCAUUUUCCCUCUUUCCAUCAACCCGCCCCAUUCUCCCUCUUUCCAUCACCCCGCCACAUUCUCCCGCUUUCCAUCACCCCUACCAAUUCUCCCUCUUUCCAUCACCCCGCCCCAUUCUCCCACUUUCCGUCACCCCGCCCCAUUCUCCCGCUUUCCAUCACCCCGCUCCAUUCUCCCUCUUUCCAUCACCCCGCCCCAUUCUCCCUCUUUCUAUCACCCCUCCCCCUUCUCCCGCUUUCCAUCACCCCGCCCAAUUCUCCCUCUUUCUAUCACCCCUCCCCAUUCUCCCUCUUUCCAUCACCCCGCCCCAUUCUCCCGCUUUCCAUCACCCCACCCCAUUUUCCCUCUUUCCAUCAUCCCGCCCCAUUCUCCCUCUUUCCAUCACCCCGCCACAUUCUCCCGCUUUCCAUCACACCUACCCAUUCUCCCUCUUUCCAUCACCCCGCCCCAUUCUCCCACUUUCCGUCACCCCGCCCCAUUCUCCCGCUUUCCAUCACCUCGCCCCAUACUCCCUCUUUCCAUCACCCCGCCCCAUUCUCCCGCUUUCCAUCACCCCGCUCCUUUCUCCCGCUUUCCAUCACCCCGCCCAAUUCUCCCUCUUUCCAUCACCCCUCCCCGUUCUCACUCUUUCCAUCACCCCGCCCAAUUCUCCCUCUUUCCAUCACCCCGCCCCAUUCUUCCUCUUUCCAUCACCCCGCCCCAUUCGCUCUCUUUCCAUCACCCCGCCCUAUUCUCCCGCUUUCCAUUACGCCGCCCCAUUUUCCCUCUUUCCAUCACCCCGCCCCAUUCUCCCGCUUUCCAUCACCCCGCCCCAUUCUCCCGCUUUCUAUCACCCAGCCCCAUUCUCCCGCUUUCCAUCACCCCGCCCCAUUUUCUCUCUUUCCAUCACCCCGCCCCAUUCUCCCGCUUUCCAUCACCCCGCCCCAUUCUCCCUCUUUCUAUCACCCCUCCCCAUUCUCCCGCUUUCCAUCACCCCGCCCAAUUCUCCCUCUUUCUAUCACCCCUCCCCAUUCUCCCCUUUUCCAUCCCCCCGCCCCAUUCUCCCGCUUUCCAUCACCCCGCCCCAUUCUCCCUCUUUCCAUCAGCCCGCCCAAUUCUCCCGCUUUCCAAUACCCCGCCCCAUUCUCUCGUUUUCCAUCACCCCGCCCCAUUCUCCCGCUUUCCAUCACCCCGCCCCAUUUUCCCUCUUUCCAUCACCCCGCCCCAUUCUCCCGCUUUCCAUCACCCCGCCCCAUUCCCCCUCUUUCUAUCACCCCGCCCCAUUCUCCCGCUUUCCAUCACCCCGCCCAAUUCUCCCUCUUUCUAUCACCCCUCCCCAUUCUCCCUCUUUCUAUCACCCCGCCCCAUUCUCCCGCUUUCCAUCACCCCGCUCCAUUUUCCCUCUUUCCAUCACCCCGCCCCAUUCUCCCUCUUUCCAUCACCCCGCCACAUUCUCCCGCUUUCCAUCACCCCUCCCCAUUCUCCCUCUUUCCGUCAACCCGCCCCAUUCUCCCACUUUCCCUCACCCCGCCCCAUUCUCCCGCUUUCCAUCACCCCGCUCCAUUCUCCCUCUUUCCAUCACCCCAACCCCAUUCUCCCGCUUUCCAUCACCCCGCCCCAUUCUCCCUCUUUCCAUCACCCCGCCCCAUUCUCCCGCUUUCCAUCACCCCGCCUCAUUCUCCCGCUUUCAAUCACCCCGCUCUAUUCUACCGCUUUCCAUCACCCCGCCCAAUUCUCCCUCUUUCCAUCACCCCUCCCCAUUCUACCUCUUUCCAUCACCCCGCCCCCCAUUCUCCCUCUUUCCAUCACCCCGCCCCAUUCUCCCGCUUUCCAUCACCCCGCCCCAUUCUCCCACUUUCCAUCACCCCGCCCCAUUUUCCCUCUUUCCAUCACCCCGCCCCAUUCUCCCGCUCUCCAUCACCCCGCCCCAUUCUCCCUCUUUCUAUCACCCCGACCCAUUCUCCCGCUUUCCAUCACCCCGCCCCAUUUUCCCUCUUUCCAUCACCCCGCCCCAUUCUCCCUCUUUCCAUCACCCCGCCACAUUUUCCCGCUUUCCAUCACCCCUCCCCAUUCUCCCUCUUUCCAUCACCCCGCCCCAUUCUCCCACUUUCCCCCGCCCAAUUCUCCCGCUUUCCACUACCCCGCCCCAUUCUCUCGCUUUCCAUCACCCCGCCCCAUUCUCCCGCUUUCCAUCACCCCGCCCCAUUCUCCCUCCUUCCAUCACCCCGCCCCAUUCUCCCGCUUUCCAUCACCCCGCCCCAUUCUCCCUCUUUCUAUCACCCCUCCCCAUUCUCCCGCUUUCCAUCACCCCGCCCAAUUCUCCCUCUUUCUAUCACCCCUCCCCAUUCUCCCUCUUUCUAUCACCCCGCCCCAUUCUCCCGCUUUCCAUCACUCCGCUCCAUUUUCCCUCUUUCCAUCACCCCGCCCCAUUCUCCCUCUUUCCAUCACCCCACCACAUUCUCCCGCUUUCCAUCACCCCUCCCCAUUCUCCCUCUUUCCGUCACCCCGCCCCAUUCUCCCACUUUCCGUCACCCCGCCCCAUUCUCCCGCUUUCCAUCACCCCGCUCCAUUCUCUCUCUUUCCAUCACCCCAACCCCAUUCUCCCGCUUUCCAUCACCCCGCCCCAUUCUCCCUAUUUCCAUCACCCCUCCCCAUUCUCCCGCUUUCCAUCCCCCCGCCCUAUUCUCCCGCUUUCCAUCACCCCGCCCCAUUCUCCCUCUUUCCAUCACCCCGCCCCAUUCUCCCCCUUUCCAUUACCCCGCCCCAUUCUCCCGCUUUCCAUCACCCCGCCCCAUUUUCCCUCUUUCUAUCACCCCGCCCCAUUCUCCCGCUUUCCAUCACCUCGCCCCAUUCUCCCUCUUUCUAUCACCCCUCCCCAUUCUCCCGCUUUCCAUCACCCCACCCAAUUCUCCCUCUUUCUAUCACCCCUCCCCAUUCUCCCUCUUUCUAUCACCCCGCCCCAUUCUCACGCUUUCCAUCCCCCCGCCCUAAUCUCCCGCUUUCCAUCACCCCGCCCCAUUCUCCCUCUUUCCAUCACCCCGCCCCAUUCUCCCCCUUUCCAUUACCCCGCCCCAUUCUCCCGCUUUCCAUCACCCCGCCCCAUUCUCCCGCUUUCCAUCACCCCGCCCCAUUUUCCCUCUUUCCAUCACCCCGCCCCAUUCUCCCGCUUUCCAUCACCCCGCCCCAUUUUCCCUCUUUCCAUCACCCCGCCCCAUUCUCCUGCUUUCCAUCACCCCACCCAAUUCUCCCUCUUUCUAUCACCCCUCCCCAUUUUCCCUCUUUCCAUCACCCCGCCCCAUUCUCCCUCUUUCCAUCACCCCGCCACAUUCUCCUGCUUUCCAUCACCCCUUCCCAUUCUCCCUCUUUCCAUCACCCCGCCCCAUUCUCCCACUUUCCGUCACCCCGCCCAAUUCUCCCGCUUUCCAUCACCCCGCUCCAUUCUCCCUCUUUCCAUCACCCCAACCCCAUUCUCCCGCUUUCCAUUACCCCGCCCCAUUCUCCCUCUUUCCAUCACCGCGCCCCAUUCUCUCGCUUUCCAUCACCCCGCCCCAUUCUCCCGCUUUCCAUCACCCCGCUCUAUUCUCCCGCUUUCCAUCACCCCGCCCAAUUCUCCCUCUUUCCAUCACCCCUCCCCAUUCUACCUCUUUCCAUCACCCCGCCCCCCAUUCUCCCUCUUUCCAUAA